UGGCGGUGGCCUGAGAUUUAAAGGGACAGGCGCAGAGGCUGUGCCCCUUUUGGGGUUUCCCCCUUUUUUAUUCCUUUUCGGGCGUUCCAGUCUGGGAAGAUGGUUUGCGGGGGCUUCGCCUGUUCACGCAACGCGCUCUGCGCCCUCAACGUCGUUUAUGUGCUGGUCGGGCUGCUGCUGAUUGGCGUGGCUGCCUGGGGGAAAGGCUUCGGCAUUGUCUCCAGCAUCCACAUCAUUGGAGGGGUCCUGGCCGUGGGGUUCUUCCUGCUUCUCAUCGCCAUCGUGGGGCUCAUCGGCGCUGUCAAUCAUCACCAAGUCAUGCUCUUCUUUUACAUGAUCAUUCUAGGGCUAGUCUUUCUUUUCCAGUUUGGAGUCUCCUGUUCGUGUCUGGCCCUCAGCAAAAGCAAACAGGAAAGUCUCUUGAGCGGUGCCUGGGGAAUGCUGGACAACGAAACCAGGAGCACGUGGGAAAAACGUCUGAACUGCUGCGGGUUCUUCAACAAAACUACCCCAAAAGACAGGGGCAGCACUGAACACUGCAGUGCGGAAUGUUGGGAAUCAUCUUCUCCAUGCAUCACGUGUGGCGUGAAGAUGAUGGAGCAUGCGGACGAGGCCUUAAAAAUCCUUGGCGGAGUUGGGCUGUUUUUCAGUUUCACAGAGAUUCUUGGAGUGUGGCUUGCCAUGCGCUACAGGAACCAGAAGGAUCCCAGAGCGAAUCCCAGUGCCUUUUUAUAGAACAUCCUCUUCCUUUCCCUCAUCAUUAUCAACGUCUCUUCACACGCUCCUUCCUCCAAUUUUAGCUACUGGUCAAGUUCUUCAAGAAAGCCCAUCUCCCUUCACUCAGGAACAAAGCAGCCCUGUGAGAGAGAGGGGGUGGGACUUUGCCGCUGCACCAAAACGGCUGAUUGGAUGAAACAGCAACGGUUGCGUCCUUGACAUGAAGCUUUUAGCAGAUGGCAAAAAAAAAAAGUCAUUAGUUGCUAGCAACUCAGAAUGAGCCAGAGUCAUCUGUUUGCCAAGUCACUCAUUUGGUUGCUGCUCAUAGUUACAAUCACUUUUGUGUUUUUAAAAUACGCAUUUUUGGGGGGUUGUGUGUGUACAUUUUUUUUUUUUAAAGACGUGACUUGCCCUAGAGCUUCUUUACUGAGGUUCUCAUCCUACCAAGGUAAAUUGCUUGAUCUCGAUAUAUUAAGAGAAAAUGAUGUUUUUGCCACAGACUGCCUUUCACGGAAUACGCCUGCCCUUCACGCUCUUUCUCGGCUGUGGUAGACUUGUGUAAGAAUGAUAAAAUACAGAUGUUGCUGCAUGGUGCAACUCUCACUGAAGGAUUAGGUGUUAGCCAAACGCACCUGGUUACAGGUAAAUCACGGCCGCUGGGUUGUGUUGCUUUUGUUCAAGAGCUCUAAAUUGAAAUUAGUCUUUCUGAUCUUUCUAAAAGUCUCAUAAGCCUGCGUUCCUGCUUUUCAGAGAGGACAGCAGAGGCCUGUGUAGACCUGUUCAGGGAACAGGACCCUCCCCCACCUAGAAGUUUCAGAGCCCCAGGAAGGACUGCAGAAGCUCACACCACUAUUGAUCCAAGAACAGAAAUACAGUUAACUUGCAACCUAGGUUCUUCUACCCUGUGCUCUACGUUGGUAACCUACGAAAGGACUUUGUAGGGCUAUGCCAUUCUCUUGACAUUCCUCCCCUCCCUUGAAAGGCCCUGGGGUGGCGUAGGGGAGUAACGCCUUGUGGAGUUCCACCAGUUUCUUUCCCUGGACAGAAAGGCUGGCGGUCAUUCAUUCGAGGAGGCUGUGGUAUCUUAUCGAAACCAGUGGAUGACGCAACACGCAGCCCUUUUUGAAGCGGAGCAUUAUGCUUUCUCGCCCUUGUCGGUGACGAGCGGCCGUUUCAAGGCUUCUGGGGCAGAAUCAUGGACGGGCUUGCAGGGCAGUUCGAGAAAGCAAAGGCCCAGCACUGUUGCCGUGUGUUACCUCUGCAGCCUGAAAGCAGAAGCCACGUGUUGCCAUCCAGGGCAAAGUUAACAGCAGGAGGAGGAAAAACACAGCAGCUUUGUCUUCUCAAGAGCUGAGCCACAGAAGGGGGGGGGGAAUACAAGGCUUCUUGUUGCAGGAAGCUGGCCUCUUUCAUUAUCUGUCAUCAAUACCAACCACCACCACCACCACCACCUCAUCCCUUAUAAAGUGCUGUAGUCAAGAAGCCUUGCUGCUGUUUUGCCAGAAGCCAAUUUAUGUCUGGGGAAGACGGCAACAUUUGUUCAGUGCCGCUGGAGAAAACCAAAGCUUUCUGUGCUGCUGCACCCUAGUGGCAGUUCCAAGAGUGACCAGCCAACAUUUAUUUAGAGAGAGAAGCCAUAAAGGGAGGCAGUUGGCAUCUACUACAGCAUCUGUGAAUAAGAUCCGAAGGAUGGGAGGGUAUGCAGAAGUAGCAGCUCCUGCACAAACAGCUGGGCUUCGGAACAGUCUGCUGUUCAGCUCAUAAAGGUGCAAGUUAAAGCAAACUCAGUGGCCUCGUCUGUCAAGAUGGAUGCCAUGGAUGGGGGGGGGGGAGAGUGUGCGUUUGUGUGUUUUCAGUAUUACAGAAAAGGUACAAAUAAGUCUAGUACUACUUGCUGCCUAAAGCUAAGAGGGAGUCUCCUCUUUUACUGAAGUCUGUUACUACUGCUUUCCUAUCCCCCGCAACGUUUCCAGCUGAAUGAUUCCAGAGGAGCGAAUUCUGGUCCAGCAGUGCCACCAACAAUGAUGGAAGCAAACUGCUGUGCACUUUAUACAGGUGGCAGGGGAGGUUAAAAACUGUUGUGAUGCAGAGCUAGACAGUGCUUACAAAUGCCCCCCAUCCCAGUUCCACCUUAAGGGGAGGGCUAGGCCAAGGCCUGCUUAAAUAACCACUCAAGGGCAACUCUGUUGGCUAUUCCUGUGAAUGGACAUCUUUCUGUGCUGCAAAACUUGCUAGAGACUAUCCUUGCUCUGUGGAGCCCAAACAGCCCAGGACCUGGGAGCUGAACAAGGUCAGCCAGAGUCAGUGUUUGGAUGGGAGACCACAAAAGACGGGUUGCUGCAUGGAGGAAGGCAACGGCAAACCGCCUCUGCUCGUCUCUUGCCUUGAACCACCCAUGGCCGAGGUCGCCAUGAGUCCGUUCCAACUCAACAGCACGUUCUCAUCUUUGCUCUGUCCAUGGUGGUAGAGAGAAGGCAGCAUGGCUAGGACUGGGCUCUGACCUCAUUUUGAAAAUCUGACAGCAAAAAGAUGGGUUUGAGCUCUCCACCAUUAUGCACACCUGGAUUGUUGUCAUUGUAGAAACUGGCAUUACCUUAUUGCAAGCCGUUUGAAUAAACACAUUUGUGUCG